AUUGAGUCAGGCGGUAAGCGGUCAGUCUGGUGGAUGGCGCUCCAUCGAUCAGUCUCAGACAUGGUGGGAUCAAAAUCAUCACCAGUUUUAGUCUUUGCUCUUUAUGCUGCCUGCAUCUUUGGCCUACCUGAGCUUGCUCAAGCUCAAAAUGGAGCCAACGCUGUCACAGAUCCUGCUGAAGUAAGGGUUUUCAAUUCAAUAUUUCAAAAUUGGGGAAUCUCAGCACCAUUAGGCCAAUGGAAUAUAAGUGGGCAACCAUGCAGCGGAGCGGCCAUCGGCUCUUUCCCCACCAUCGAUGAUGGAGAUCACAAUCCCUUUAUCAAAUGCAACUGUUCAUACGACAAUGGCACUACUUGUCACAUUACGGCACUGAAGGUUUAUGCCUUGGAUGUUGUCGGUGUAAUCCCAGAAGAGCUAUGGACUCUAACUUUCCUCACCAAUCUGAAUUUGGGCCAAAAUUACUUGACAGGUAACCUGUCCGCAUCCAUCCGCAAUCUAACUCGCAUGCAAUACCUGAGUAUUGGCAUUAAUGCAUUAUCAGGGGAGCUUCCAAAGGAACUUGGAGAGCUUACCAAUUUAAUAUCAUUGUCAUUUUCAUCAAACAACUUCUCGGGCUCUCUGCCAUCUGAGCUUGGGAAUUUAGUGAAUCUAGAACAAAUCUACUUUGAUAGUUCUGGAGUUAGUGGUGAGAUUCCUUCCACAUUUGCUAAAUUACGAAACCUCCAAACCGUGUGGGCAUCAGACACUGAACUCACAGGCAGGAUACCUGACUUCAUAGGGAAUUGGUCAAAGCUUUCUGUCUUGAGGCUUCAAGGAAACUCUUUCCAAGGUCCAAUACCCUCAACGCUUUCCGAUUUGACUUCUCUGACUGAGUUGAGAAUAAGUGAGUUGUCUAAUGGGAGCUCUUCACUGGCAUUCAUAAAGGAUAUGAAGUCUCUAAGUAUCUUAGUGCUGAGGAACAAUAACAUUUCUGAUUCAAUUCCACCUAAUAUAGGAGAAUACCAAAAAUUGACACAGCUUAUUAUAUAUCUUUCCAGGGAUUUGAGCUUCAACAAUAUAGCAGGGCAGAUUCCGGACUCCCUUUUCAAUUUGAGUUUGCUCUCUUACUUGUUUCUUGGAAAUAAUAAGUUACAUGGCAUACUGCCUGUAAACAAAAGUGAGAAUCUUCUCAACAUUGAUUUGUCGUACAAUAAUAUAUUGGGAAGCUUUCCUGAUUGGAUCAACGAACAAAAUUUACAACUCAAUGUAGUUUCCAACAAAUUCACAAUAGAAAGUUUAAACAGCAGUGGUUUGCCUUCAGGAUUGAGCUGCCUACAACGGAGCUUUCCUUGCAAUCGAGGCCCUGGAAUAUAUUAUAACUUUGGAAUUAAGUGUGGUGGUCCUCAGAUUCCAUCUUUUGAUGGUAUUGUCUAUGAGAGGGAUAACGAGACACUUGGUCCAGCCACGUAUUAUGUGACCAACACAUACAGGUGGGCUGUUAGCAAUGUUGGAUAUUUCACUGGGAGCAGAAAUCCUCAGUACACAAGUACUUUGUUAACAGAGACAACUCGAUUAUCUGCUUCAUCAUUAAGGUACUAUGGCUUGGGGCUUGAGAACGGAAACUACACUGUAAGGCUCCAGUUUGUAGAAACAGCUUUUCCAGACACUUCCACAUGGCAAAGUCUUGGGAGGCGUGUCUUCGAUAUUUAUAUCCAGGGGAAUCUUGUUUUAAAGGAUUUUGACAUUAGAAGGGAGGCUGGUGGAGUCUCUAUGCAACCCGUUCCAAAGGUAUUUCAGGUCCAGGUAUCAGAAAACUACCUUGAAGUCCAUCUCUUUUGGGCUGGGAAAGGAACUUGCUGCAUACCUACUCAAGGUACUUAUGGACCUUCAAUUUCAGCCAUCAGUGCUACCGCAGAUUUUAGGGCCACGGUUAGUAACAAACCCCCAAGCAACAAGAAUAGGACUGGUCUGUACGUAGGUGUCGUUGUUGGUGCUGGAGUUUUAAGCCUUCUGUCUGUUUUUGUGGCUUUCUAUAUUGUUCGAAGAAGAAAACAGCUUCCAACCAAUGAUUAUGCGGAGCUCUUGGAAAUAGUUGUUAGAACAUUCACUUUCAGCUACGCUGAACUAAAGACAGCUACAGAAGAAUUUAGUCCUGCUAAUAAGCUUGGAGAGGGAGGAUUUGGACCUGUCUUUAAGGGAACACUUAAAGAUGGGAGAGUAAUUGCUGUGAAGCAACUAUCUGUAGCAUCACGCCAAGGAAAUAACCAGUUCAUAACUGAGAUUGCUACUAUAUCUGCUGUGCAACAAUGCAACCUUGUGAAAUUGAUCGGAUGUUGCAUUGAGGGAGAUCAAAGACUACUUGUUUAUGAGUUUCUAGAGAAUGGAAGUCUUGAUCAAGCGCUAUUUGGAAAAAGAAGUUUAAAUCUCGACUGGUCAACACGUUAUGAUAUAUGCUUGGGUGUAGCAAGAGGUUUAGCAUAUCUUCAUGAGGAGUCAAGACUUCGAAUUGUACACAGAGAUGUGAAGGCCAGUAAUAUCCUGCUUGACUCUAAUCUCAUCCCCAAAAUAUCAGACUUUGGCUUGGCCAAGCUUUAUGAUGAUGAAAAGACCCACAUAAGCACCCGCGUUGCAGGAACAUUUGGGUAUCUUGCACCGGAGUACGCCAUGCGUGGGCACCUUACAGAGAAAGCUGAUGUGUUUGCCUUUGGUGUUGUGGCUCUAGAGAUUGUUAGCGGGAGGCCAAAUUCUGACCCAAGCUUGGAGGAAGAAAAAGUUUAUCUUCUUGAAUGGGCUUGGCACUUGCAUGAAAACAACAGUGAAAUUGAUCUUAUGGACUCCACAUUAUCAGAGUUCAAUGAGGAAGAAGCAAAACGCAUGAUAGGAGUAUCUCUUUUGUGCACACAAGCAUCCCCAACGUUACGGCCGUCAAUGUCGCGUGUGGUGGCAAUGCUUUCAGGAGAAAUGGAAGUGAGCUCUGUGACUUCAAGGCCUGGAUAUUUGACUGACUGGAAUUUUGAUGAUGAAACCACCUUAAUGAGUGAUGUUGCGAACAAAGGAACCUCUGCAAGCUAUUACAACCCAUCAGCAAGUACAAGCAUAGUGGGUGAUGCAGAGAAUUCACCAGCAAAUGCUUCUAAACCCAUGCUCCAUGAGAUUAUCUAAGAGGGUAGGUGUUAGGUGAGAAUUGGUCUUUCUUUCUUUUCUUUUCAAACUUUGUAUAUUCUGCAAUUCCAGGCAUAAUAAUAAUAUUGGAGCUACUUGGAUUGUAAAAUAAAUUUUUCAUUUUUAUUUUUUCUCUGAGGUAUUGGCACCCUCCUUGCAUGUUAGUAUAGAGUGCAGACAUUAUGGCACUAUUCAAGAAAGCCUUCACACUGGGGUUAAAAGUACAAGUUUGUGUUCUAAUAAGCCCAUCUUCUGUCUGGAAAUUCUUUAACAAAUUGUUUGGAUGGAAAUGGAAUGGAUGGAACAGAGUGGGACUCCAUUUCUGUCCUCUGUUUAAUUAGAGCAUUUCCAGCAGGAGAGUUAAAUUUCUUCAAAAUAAUCAAAUUUGACUAUUUUUGCCUUU